UCAUUAUGUAUGCAUAUUUCCAGCUGACGGUCAAGCAUUCAGGUGGCGUACAAGGCAAUGUAUGUGUUUACAAGUUGUUAAAAGAAAAUUUUCGUAAAAUAUGCCCGAUUCCUGCUCAGUUUAUGGUUGUUCAAACCGAUCUAAUAAGCAGAAAGAAAAGAGGUUUUUUAGAAUACCUAAAGAAGUUGUUCACAAGGGAGAACGGACAAGAGAUUUAUCAAAAAGACGUCGCUCCCGAUGGCUCGCUAACCUAUCUUUAUCUUCGAAAGGAGUUGAAUCUCCACACGCUCGUGUAUGCAGCGAUCACUUCGUAAAAGGUUGUCCGAGCAAUAUAAAAGACGAAGACGACAUAGAUUGGUCCCCUACGUUGAAGCUUGGCCAUCAGAAGAUAAAACAAGCCACAGAGAGCUCUAUAAAGCGCGGUGAGAGAUCAACAAACAGAGAUCUGAAACGACGCCAUUCCGAAGCUGUUAGUGCCUUGCUUGACUUGCAGAAGCAAGCUCGACUGACUGAAGAAAUCUCUUAUGAACAAACCACAGAUGAUCCGGACUUAUCAGCCCAAGACACACAGACAGAAACGACAGAAAGCCCGAAUCGUCGCGAUGCAGAAUGCCAGACGGAUUUCACCAGCGAUCUUUUGUCUGCAAUGGAAGAGGAGUUAAACUUAACACGCCAAAAGCUCUCCGACUUGCAGGCAAAAAUAUUAAAUGCAAAUCUAAGUAAAGAAAGCUUUGAGAACAAUGAUGAAAAGUGUAAAUUUUACACUGGCCUACCAAAGUUCCUAGUACUGUUGCAGGUGUUUCGUUUGUGUGAACCCUGGAUCACACAAACUGAAAGAUCAGCAUUAGGAAAGUUUGAGCAACUUAUACUUGUUCUCAUGAGACUCAAACUGAAUCUACCUUUGCAGGACCUGGCCUACAGAUUUGGAAUUUCUAGUUCAACAGCCUCUAGACUUUUCAAUAAAGUACUGAGCAUUUUACAUAGCAGAUUACAGUUCCUGAUUGAAUGGCCAUCGAGAGAGACUUUGUGGGCCACAAUGCCAAUGGAUUUUAGAAAGUCAUUUGGUAGCAGAGUUGCAGUUAUUGUUGACUGCUUUGAAGUUUUUAUAGAAAGACCAUCAAAUUUAUUAGCUCGGGCCCAAACAUGGUCAAACUAUAAGCAUCACAAUACUGUGAAAUUUUUAAUUGGUAUUGCUCCUCAAGGCCUAGUAACAUUUAUAUCCAAGGCAUGGGGAGGGAGGGUAAGURAUAAACAGAUCACAGAAGAGAGUGGAUUGCUGGAAAACCUACUUCCAGGAGAUGUGAUAUUGGCUGACCGUGGGUUUAACAUUGAAGAUAGUGUUGGUGUUYAUUGUGCAACCUUAAAAAUUCCAGCCUUUACAAGAGGGAAAACACAGUUAUCAGCAUAUGAAGUGGAGGAAACAAGAAAGAUAGCCAAUGUCAGAAUACAUGUUGAACGAGUAAUUGGAUUGGUGAGACGGAAGUACCAAAUUCUACAGAGCCGUGCACUAGCAGUAGAGCAUAUGCACACCAAACCUGGGGAGUCACACUCUACGAUUGAUAAAAUUGGAGCAGUUUGCUGUGCUCUGACUAACUUAUCCGAAUCUGUUGUACCUCUAGAGUAACAUUAAAGAACAGUGUAGUGACUUGACA